GGAGCACUACUUCACCCUCCUCACAGUGCAGGAGCAGCCAGACGCGCAGGAGGAGCGGACGGAGCCGGUGGACUUUACGCGGAGCAGAAACACACUUUUUCCUCCAAGAAGUUCAGACUCUCUUUCUGAGUCUCCCUCGUGCAGUCUGACUUCAGCAGGAACACACACCUCCUCUCUGCGCUGAUUCCUCCCGUCAGUUUCCCUCUGAGUGUAUCUGACUGAAACCAUGACGUCCCGCUGCAGGAUGGUGCGGCUCGCGGUCCGGCUCGCGCUCACCCUGGCUCUCCUGUCGGCCUCGUGCCGCGCGUCAGAGUACGAGUACCUCUCCUGGAAGUCGGACAUGUUCAACGGGGGCCGCGGCUACGGGAAGCAACCGCAGUGCGUGGACAUCCCGGACGACCUGCGGCUGUGCCACACGGUGGGCUACACGCAGAUGCUGCUGCCCAACCUGCUGGAGCACGAGACCAUGGCGGAGGUGAAGCAGCAGGCCAGCAGCUGGGUGCCGCUCGUGCACAAGAGCUGCCACCCGGGCACGCAGGUCUUCCUGUGCUCGCUGUUCGCGCCGGUGUGCCUCGAGCGGCCCAUCUACCCGUGCCGCUGGCUGUGCGAGGCGGUGCGCGACGGCUGCAGCCCCAUCAUGGAGUCCUUCGGCUUCCCGUGGCCCGAGAUGCUCACGUGCGACAAGUUCCCGCAGGACGACGUGUGCAUCGCCAUGACGCAGCCCAACGCCACCGAGAGCCCCAACCCCACAGGUAACACAGAACCCACAGGCUACUCUCCUAUCUGCCCUCCGUGUGACAACCAGAUGAAUAUGGAGGCCAUGCUGGAGAAAAUGUGUGCCAGCGAGUUUGCUAUCAAGACCAAGAUCAAGGCGGUGACGCGGGAGAACAUGGACCGUAAGCUGAUCCUGCACAAGAGGAGGAGGAUACUGAAGUCGGGGCUCCUGAGCAAGAAGGACAUGAAGUCGCUGGUGUUGUACUUGAAGAACGGCGCCGACUGCCCCUGCCAGCAGCUGGACAACCUGGGGAACCAGUACCUGAUCAUGGGCCGCAAGGUGGACAAGCAGUUCCUCCUCACGGGCAUCCACAAGUGGGACAAGUCCAACCCAGAGUUCAAAAAGGCCAUGAAGAAACUCAACAACUUCAGAUGCCCCGCCUUCGCGGACGUCUUCAAAUAAUACGCCGCCCCUCGUCCUUCGUUCGCAUCUCAUCCUACAUAUGAACUUGCACAAAAUUCCAAACUUCGCUUUCUAUUGUCCCGUUUAUAUAUCUAUAUAUCUUUGUAUAUUUACAGAUAUACUUUGAAGCGUCCAUGUGUUCAGUUUUAGAUGAUUGUGGUGAGUGAUGACACCGCAGUAAGCUGGGUUUCCUUUUUUAAAUCCGUCUCAAGAAAAAAGGACUUUGUAGUGAAAGCCCUUCCUCACUGAAAUCAUUUCCGCGUUAUGUUUGUAGAUACAGAACAUUUUCUUACAAGUUGAGGGGGUUUUAUUACUGAGAAGAAACCACUCUUGUAUCUCCACCGUAAAUAUGUGGCGAGAAGCUUAGCCUAGCAUAAGUAGCAGAGGUAAACAGUUAGCUGGGUUUGUCCAGUAGCUAAAACUAAUACCUUUUCUUGUUACUGGUACAGACUACACUAAUGACAGAUGUGUAAAGUAGUGAGUUAAAAAGGUGCUGGUAGACAUGUUUCUGAUCGAGCGUUUAUGCUAAGCUAACCAUGUUGUGCUAGCUUCAUAGUUAGCGUACGGACACAAGAGUGGCGUUGAUCCUCUCCUCUAACUCUUCCUUCACAUAUCCUGAUCAUGUAAUAAUUAAUCCAGAUUACUGUUGAAUAACUUACUGACAGUCCUGCUGUCAGCUGAUUGUCAACAAAGACUGCACUACCAUUUCCUGUCCGUUUCUUUACCGACUAACCACCAAUCUGCAUCAUGAGAUGACACAUAGGCCUUUACGGCAGAUUCCUUUCCUCCUGUUGUGCGUUGGUACCUGAGUAAUCAGAACAGACAUUGCCAUUUCUGUGUUGUUUCUUUUUGCUCAAUUGUCUCACCCUGUUUUAGCACUAUUUUGUUUCCGUUUGAAUGUCAGCGGUGCAUUGCUGCCUUGUACUUGUACAUACAAAUUUUACAUAAAUAUGGAAAACUGAAA